AAAAAAAAGUACCAAAGGCUAUCAGAGAAAUUCGCUGCAGUGUUUAAAUUUAUAAAUUUCAGUGUUUCAGUCAAAGAGACACAUUGUUCUAUUGAAACUUGAGCUGAAAGUUAGUGUAUUCUGCUAAUUUUUGAAAAUAUGAAGCCGGAAAAUAUUUCAUUGUUUUGUUGCAUAUUUUUAAUAAUUAAUAUGGUCAGUGGAGAUAUUUCUAUACUAACGAAACAUGACUGGAAAGGAUUAGAUGCUACGGGGGAACUAACGGAAUUGGAUUUACCAGCAACUAGAGUAAUAAUAGCGCAUACAGCUAGUAAUAAUUGUGACGAUAAUAAGAGAUGUGCUCAAAUUGUGAGAGAUAUUCAGAAUUUUCAAAUGAAAAGUCUUAAUUUCUUUGAGAUUGGUUAUAAUUUUCUAAUUGGUAACGAUGGAAAUAUGUAUGAAGGUCGUGGAUGGAAUUAUCAAAGUGCGGUUGCUAGAGGUUAUAACGCUGGUAGCAUAAGUAUUGGAUUUAUUGGCAUGUUUGAAAAAGUUCUUCCAAGCGCAGCUGCAUUAGAUACAGCAAAAUCAUUAAUAGAACUUGGGGUUCAAUUGGGCAAGCUAUCGAAAGAUUAUAAACUUUUUGGACAUAGACAACUUGCGGCUACUGAAAGUCCAGGUCAAGCUUUAUAUGAUGAGAUUAAACAUUGGAAGCAUUGGAGUACGUAACAAUUAAUAAUAAAUAAGUAUAUAAAUAAUAUAUUGAAAAACAAUUAGAUAUAAAUAUUUGAUAAU